AUGCUGCGCCCCGGGGACCGCUGGGGACAAGGGGGGCACGGGGGGGAUGAAAAGGUCCCUCUGCCCCCACGCCCGGACCGCCCCAGCCCCUCUGUCCUGGGGCAGCUCAGACCCCGGUAUAGGGCCUCCCUGACCCACAGCCCCGCUGUGCUGUGCCCCCAGUUCUACUGCCCCACGCCCCCCAGCCCUACUGUUUUCGAACCCCCAGGCCAGCUGCCCCCUGGCCUCCCCCAGUCUCCGACCCUCCGUGGACCUCAGCCCCCCUGCAUGGCGACCCCUAGCCCUGCUGCACCAUGGCCCUCAGUCCUGCUGGACUGUGAUCCCCAGUCCUGCUGUCCCACGGGCCUCCGACAGCCUCCUUUGCCCCCAGCCUGGUCCCCCCUCCUCAUCCCCACGGAGGGCCGGGCACUGGAUGCGCCGUGGGUGAUUCAUCCUGCUCCAGCCCCGCCGCGGCAGCAGCUGCCAAAAAUAGCACUGCGGGAGCGGGGGGACCCUCCGCAUCACCUCCCGCCCCCCGCCUCACCGGCGGCAGGCCGGGAUGGCGGCCACGGGCCGCUGUCCCCGACAACCCCAUCCCCGGGGCCGCCGGGACUGGGACCCGAAGCGGAGGGACCCCGCGCUCUGGUUGCCACGUGAGCAAGUGCCACCCCUGUUCCUGCACUCCGUCCUGUGAACCCAGCCAUGCCCAGCCCUGUCCGCCGCCCCCCCAGCACUGCGGUGCCGCCGGGACUCCCCAUGAUCCCAGCAGAGGGUUCAGCGCUGCUGCACGCUGUAUCGCAAGGGAAAUUCCGCCUGACCCGGCUGCUGCUGGAGGGGGGAGCCUACAUCAACGAGGGCAAUGCUGCGGGCAUGACGCCGCUGAUGGCUGCGUGCCGUGCUGCCUACGCCGACCCACCCGAGCAGCCACGGAUGGUCCAGUACCUUCUGGAAAACGGCGCCGAUCCCAACAUUCCUGACAAAUCCGGGAAGACAGCGCUCAUGCACGCCUGCGCAGAGAGUGCUGGCCCGGCUGUGGCUGCCAUCCUGCUGGCCCAUGGCGCUGACCCUAGCGCCCGGGAUUACACAGGCGGCUCCGCUCUGGUUUAUGCCCUGGAGCGCGGGGACCGGGAGACGCUGCAGGUGCUGCUGGAUGCGUGUCGGGAACGCGGCCGUGACGUCAUCAUCAUCACCUCAGCCACGUCGCCCCACGGCACCAAGACCACCCGGCAGUACCUGAACUCGCCCCCAUCGCCCGCUCUCUGUGCGUCCCCAUCCCAGGUGCAGGUGCGGGCAGCAGCAUCACCAGGUGCCAGCGUGAAGGACGAGGAGCGCGACGUGUUCUGCUUCCCGCCCACAGCUCCGGCUCCAGGCGUCGCUCCAGAACCGUCCCGGGCCAGGCCCAAGCGGCAGCUGAAGAGGCUCAAUUCGGAGCCAUGGGGGCUGGUGGUGCUGGGGGCGGAGGGGAUACAGGGAAAUUCCGAGGGGACACAGAGAAGACUGGAAGGGACCCAGGGAUCCCCAGAGGGAACAUGGAGAACCUUAGAUGAGAUACAGGGACCCGUGGAGGGGACACGGGGCCCCUCAGAAAGUUCGUGGGGUUUCCCUGAGGGGCUACGGGGGCCCCUGGAGGGGAUGAGGGCUCCCCCGGAAGAGCUGGCGGUGGGGCUGAAGGGGCUGGGGUUGCGUCCGCGCCGGCACAGUGUGGAGGGGCGCGAAGUCUCAGGGCUGCCAGGGAUCACCUGGGCCGAACGGGUGCCCCACAUCCCCCCCCCAGGGCAUUGGGCCCCAGCCCCCGAUCCUCCGCGGAGCAAGCCCCUGACCUGGGACCCCCCUAAUCCUGAGCUAGCCACCCCCGGGCCACUCCGACACCCAGCUGGGCUGCUGGAGCGCCGUGGCUCAGGAACGCUGCCCCUGGAGCCCCCUGGGCCAGGCAGGGCUGGGCUGCUCCCCCCGCUGCCCCCCCGAGCACUGCUCCGCCGGCAUUCCAUGCAGCCAGAGGCCCUGCGGCAUCUCGGCGCUUUCUGCGGGGCGCUGGGUCCCGAGCCUGGCUCAUAGGGACCCUCUUGGAAAGGCCUCACCUUGGGCACUGGCACCAUUUGCUCUAAACCCUAUUGAGGGUCAACUCUUCCAUUCCUCUGUCAGCACAAACUCUGCACGACCCCAAACUCCCUUGGGAGCUGGUGGGUGUGCCCCCAAUCCCUAGGCCCCCCCGGCAUCUUCCUCCUGCCACCUCAUUCUACCCAGACCCAUGGCUGGGGGUCCCCACGGUCUGGCAAUAAAGGCCCCACCCAGUGCAGCUCAGUGGCUCUGA